GUCAGGUAUCACAUUUACACUGCCGCAGACCAUAGAUUGAUGGUCUUGUGUCAGUUUUUAAUCCAUAUCGCCACAGUAAACAAGAAAGAAAACUCCCAACGCUGAUUUCAGAUCUGUUUGGACCAAGUGCUCCGUGUGUGUGGUUUUCCAACCAGAUCGUCGGAAUAAUACGUCACUUCCGUCAACACCCGGAGACAACCCGGAUUUCUUCGAUUGUGUGAGAGGUUUUUUUGUUGCAAUUACUUGUCUAAACCUCACUUUUACCCGUCUGUUAGGGUGAACCUCCAGUGAAGUUGACCAGUUUUGUUCUAUCGUCGACGCGUUUGAAACAAAGACAAAGAAGCCACUGUUAGAAAAAUAAGUGACGCAUGCAGGUUCCAAAGGGUGAGAACUGCCAGGUGGACAUGGAGAGCAAAGCUGGAGAUGUUUUUGGUGCUGAGGAUGCUCGUCUGACGGGCACGGCUGGUGUAACUGGGAUCCUUGCUAAGCUGGGCCUCCCCAAAGGCUUUUCAGCCAGCGUGGCCAAAGAGUGGCUGGACCGGCGACGGGUGUCCAUCCGGCCGUGGGCCAGUUUUGCAGACCAGCGCAAAUUCUCCAAGCCACGCAAUUUCGGCGAGAUGUGCCAGCGCGUGGUGAAGAACGUGGACACAUACAACAGCAACUACACUUUCAUCUUCCUUGGUCUCAUCCUUUACUGCAUAAUCAGCUCUCCUAUGUUACUGAUAGCGUUGGCCGUGUUUGUUGGUGCCUUCUACAUCAUCCACCUUAAAUCGCUGGAGUCCAAGCUGGUGAUCUUUGGCAAGGAGCUGACUGUCCCGCACCAGAUGAGCCUGGCCGGAGGAAUCUCCUUACCAGUCUUCUGGUUGGCUGGAGCCGGAGCUGCUGUCUUUUGGGUUCUGGGUGCGACCUUGUUUGUGAUUGGCAGUCACGCCGCAUUCCGAGAGCUGGAAAACUCCGAGAUGGAAGAGCUGCUCAUGGAGCCCGUGUGAUACACGUAACUUUGGUUUCAACGCAUUGCUGUUACACACGUAUGAUCAUAAUCAUCGUUUUACGGCGCAUUCAAGUACCGGUACAUGAUCAUGAAAUGCCAUAUAUGACUUCUUUUAUACACGGACGCAUCUUAUGUCACCAUAUUGUAUUGUAUUGAUGCACCUCUAAAUGCUACUAAAGUGCAAGUUUUGAACACA